UACUUGAUGGCCGACAAUUGCAGUCUUCACUCAGCUUCCAUAGCAUUGAAAUCGCAUUUACAGUGACUUCUCCAAUUAAAUACAAAACAAGAAGAAUGCGUCGACCAUUGCUCGUCUGGUUGUUGACACUUUUCGCUGUCGUCUCCUUCACGUCUGCAGGAAUAAUGCAGCACGUUCCUCGAAUUCCGAAUCUAUUCACCUAUUUCUUCCAGGGAUUGAGAGAGGCCAACAAGACUGAAACAAAACAACCUGCUGCACCUGUCACUCCUUUUCUACUUGGACUUCAGGAAGGAUCUCAAAGCGAGAUUGAGAGCACCACAUUACCACCCAUUCUUCCCAGUGUGUUCAACUCGUAUUACAACAUGGAAGGCGAAACCAUCAGUUCAUCCAUUACUUUGCCUUCUUCAGGAAACGGUGGUCAACGACGUGUCGAUUUGUGUGAAGGUGACAUUGUUGUUCCACUGUCAAACGAUCGUAAUACCUUGAUUGAGCAAACUUACAAGUCGACAAAGUUCCCCUACGAACGGUCCAAUCCCCUCGUCUGCACUUGGAAAGUCAAGGUAACGGACAACUGCCGUCGAGGUGUUGUGACGAUGAGAAUUAACAAACGUAGUCGACUGGCUGACGUGGAGGGAUGCACCAAAGGAUACUAUCGUGUUUCACCUUUUAUGAAAGAAACAAAAAUCUGUGGACGUAUCGAGACACUUCCCCCCUUCCAGUGGUAUGUCGAAGACCAACAGCCUGACGAUGUCAGUAUUGUUUUGAAACAUGCCGGACUCAACGACGGCUAUUGGGAGGGAUUAUCUUAUACUUUGUCAGGUGAAUGCCUUCCUAAUGAGUCAAACAUGACAAGCAGCCAAGCCUUGAAAACAUACGACAAUUGGAUGCAAAAGAUUAUGAAGGAAUCUGAAACUGUAGAUCUUACAGUCGCUUAAGAAAGAAUGAAGAUUUUUUAAAGAAAAAGAAUGGACUCCUGCAUCAUAAAAUGCAGCACCUCUUGGGCAGCCGGCGUAGUCUCAUCUGCAUUUUUGAUUCCAGCCAAUGCAACAGGCAUUUAUGUA